CUGGUUUAUAGCCAGUCGCUCUCUGCAGUUAGGGAUACUAAGAAGCGGACAUGUUUCAUUCUAGUAUCGGAAAUACACGUGUAAGUCUUUACUAAACUUCAAGUCCCGAAAGAAAACGAUUUCACAUGGAGGUUAAAGAAGUCGGCCAAGCUGGAGACUACAAAGGAAGCUGGAUCUUACCCUGUCUUGUGGCGCCCUCUCUGGCCACCAGGCUGGAAUCCCAGAGGUGGCUCUCAACUCUGUGAGGCUUUUAACAUGAGUGAACCCCCUAUAGGUAGCGCUACGAAUCAUGCGACAGGAGACGCCACCGAUAGUCAUGUCUACGAGAGAUUGGAAGCUUGGCUGGAUGAGCAUCCAACGUUUGUAGUCGAUUAUUUUGUAAGAAAAGCUUCCCGACAAAUGGUAGACGCCUGGCUUUUGGCCCAUGCGGUUCCCCAGAGCAUUGUGUGUGAAAGUAAUUCUAGCCCGACUAGUCCGACGUCACGUCCUGGUUCGGGAGCAGCUACACCAGUUCGUAAAAUCUCUGCUCAUGAAUUUGAACGUAGUGGAAUUCUUCGACCAAUGGUGAACACAACCAUAGAUGGAACGCCAACAUUCAUUUCCUUUCCUCUUCCUGAAGAGUGUAAUAUACCAGUAGGUCAACGGUCAUCACGGAAGAGCCGACAACAGCUUCAAGCGUUGAACGAGAAAGAACUGAUAUUUGAACUAGUGAAGGACAUUUGUAAUGACUUAGAAGUACGAAGCCUCUGUCAUAAAAUUCUCCAAAAUGUUAGCAUAAUUACUCACGCCGACAGGUGUUCCCUAUUUUUGAUUAAGGGCGAAAAGAAUUGUCCAAAUCGGUGUUUGGUCAGUCAGCUUUUUGAUGUGUCCAGCGAUUCUACUUUGGAACAAGUGGAACAAAAGGAAGAGAUUAGCGUUCCUUGGGGAACAGGGAUUGUUGGAUAUGUGGCCAAGAGCGGGGAAUCAGUUAAUAUCCCGGACUGUUACCAGGAUGCAAGGUUCAAUAACUUGAUUGAUCAGAAAACUGGCUACACCACCAGAAGCAUGUUAUGUAUGCCAAUAUCCAACAUUGAAGGGGAAGUUAUGGGUGUGGCACAAGUCAUCAACAAGAAUGGACCUAAUGGAGAGCCUUUUGAUGAUAAUGAUCAAAUGGUGUUUGCUCAGUACCUACAGUUUUGUGGAAUUGGACUUCGGAAUGCCCAGUUAUAUGAGCGUUCACAAUUAGAAAACAAAAGAAAUCAGGUGCUUUUAGAUCUUGCAAGAAUGGUGUUUGAAGAACAGAGCACUAUUGAACUUGUUGUUUACAGAAUUAUGACUCACACACAGUCUCUUCUUCAGUGUGAAAGAUGCCAGGUAUUACUUGUGGAUGAAAGUACAAAGGGAACAUUUUCUCGAGUGUUUGACCUGGAAGCAAAUGACUUAGAAGGUGAAGACUGUGGCUCUCGUACUAGUCCCUUUGAAGGAAGAUUUCCUAUCAAUAUUGGGAUUACUGGGUUUGUGGCUACAACUGGUGAAGUGCUCAACAUUCCUGAUGCUUAUAAAGAUGACAGGUUUGAUGCUUCUGUUGAUGAGGGCAGCUCAUUCCGUCACUGCAGUAUCUUGUGCAUGCCCAUUUGGAAUGCCAACCAAAAGAUCAUUGGGGUGAGUCAGCUGAUCAACAAACUUAAUGGAACACCUUUCAACAAAAAUGAUGAAAAUCUCUUUGAGGCAUUUGCUAUUUUCUGUGGUAUGGGUAUUCACAAUACUCAAAUGUAUGAGAAAGCUAUAAAGGCUAUGGCCAAGCAAAGAGUAACAUUGGAAGUGCUGUCUUACCAUGCUACUUCUCCAUAUGAAGAAGCCCUGGAACUUAGUUUUGUUGUAAUCCCAUCUACUCAAGCAUACAAAUUGCAUGACCUCAAGUUUAAUGAUUUUAGUCUUGAGGAUGAGCAUAUGUGCAAAGCUUGUUUGCGAAUGUUUAUUGACUUAGACCUGAUAGAGCGCUUCCACAUUGAAUACAAGGUUUUAUGCAGAUGGUUGUUAAGUGUCAAGAAAAAUUACCGACAAGUAACAUAUCAUAAUUGGAGACAUGCUUUCAAUGUGGGACAAGUAAUGUUUGCAAUUCUUACGAAUACUCAACUGUGGAGAGUCCUGGGAGAAUUAGAGACAUUAGCCCUUAUUGUAGCUUGCUUGUGCCAUGAUCUAGACCACAGAGGAACCAACAAUUCUUUCCAAAUCAAGUCCUGUUCACCUCUUGCUCAACUCUACUCAACAUCAACUAUGGAACACCAUCACUUUGACCAGUGUAUAAUGAUACUAAAUAGCCAAGGUAACCAAAUCUUAAGCCAUCUGUCUACUGAAGAGUACACACGAGUGGUUCAUGUUCUUGAAGAAGCUAUUUUAGCUACAGAUCUUGCAGUAUAUUUCAGGAAACGAGGAAAUUUCUUUAAAUUAGUGGAUGCAAAAGAGUAUGAUUGGAGAAAAGAAGACCAUCGAGCACUUCUCAGGGGAAUGUUAAUGACUGCAUGUGAUGUAGCAGCAAUCACUAAACCAUGGGAUAUUCAAAAAGUGGUAGCAGAACUGGUUGCCAAUGAAUUCUUCCAGCAAGGAGAUAUUGAGAAACAAGAGCUUAACAUUCAGCCUAUUGAUAUGAUGAACAGAGAGAAGAAAGACGAACUUCCUCUUAUGCAGGUCGGCUUCAUCGAUGCCAUCUGUAUGCCAGUUUAUGAAGCUUUUGCUAAAAUUUCGGACAAGCUUGAGCCACUUUUGGAAGGUGUGAAGUCCAACCGAACACAGUGGCUUAAAAUAGGAGAAGAAAGAAAAAAUUUGCAAGAAGAAAAGUAGACUGGCCCCUGGUGUCGCCUGUUCGAAUUAGAUCACCAUUUAGUGGCUUUAACUUGAACUAGUUUCUUACGUACUGAGUAAUGGUUUUAUCAGACGAUGACUUCGCGAAGAUGAAGCUUUUUUUGCGUUGUUAUAUGAAUCAAUUAAUUUCAACUCGUAGUUAAUAUUGCUCUUUUCUGAAGAUGAUUGUACAAAGUAUCUUCCUCUUUUGGUUGCAUAAAUACACAACGCCCAAGUGAGCUGGUGAAAUAUAAGCUUGCAUAAUAAUAAUAAUAAAAAAAAAAAUUCUGCACCAGAAACAAAUCUUUACCGUUGUGGAUUUAUCAGAGGCAGUUGUUUUCCUUAAGAGACCAUCAAUUAACCAAAUCAACAGUGAAUGAAUUUCCAGCGAAUUUAUCCUUUUCUCUUAGUGAUUUCCUCAGAGGAAAAAGGUAGCGAUUUUUUUUACUUUUCUUUUUUACAAGAACAAAUAGGUUGUAUUAAGAGUACCACCCAUUUUUGGAAUUUCGAAGUUGGCAUGACUGUGUGCUAUAUAUAUAUUUUCAAGGAAGAUAAACAGUCAUUUCGGCAGUCAGAACCACAUCAUUUACCUGCACAUUCUUAUUUCAAUAACGGGUAAGAAGAUUUUCGUCGCAUUGAUAAACUUUACACAUAUUACGUUUUCCUAUUCCCUUCCUGUUUGUUGGUGCAAGUACGGAAUCGUAUUUUUCAGCCUGUGUAGGUAAUUGAGAGAGGAAAAUUCCUGUAAAGAUUGGGAACACAGAAAUUUUCAAUUGAAAGCUUUGAAAGUCGUGAAAAUUUCACGGGUUUUUUUAACUUACGAGUGCUAGAUCGAAAAUUGAUAAUUAAUAGCACGGGUAUUUAAUCACACCAAUUAUGAAGUAGCAAUCCAUCAAGCAGUAAUGUUUAGUUGCCUCAUUUUAUUAAUUUUCUUUUCUUGUAUCGUAUCUAAAUGUUAUCUGACCUCCAAUCUCUGUUGUAGAGUAUGAAAAAUAUUUGGAUGAUAUUUUGUAAUGUCCAGUGUAUUUGAAAUGUGUUUCGUUUAAUUAUAUUUAGAUGAUAUUUUGUAAUGUCCAGUGUAUUUGAAAUGUGUUUCGUUUAAUUAUAUUUAGAUGAUAUUUUGUAAUGUCCAGUGUAUUUGAAAUGUGUUUCGUUUAAUUAUAUUUAGAUGAUAUUUUGUAAUGUCCAGUGUAUUUGAAAUGUGUUUCGUUUAAUUAAGGAAUAAAAUGUUUUGUU